CAUUAAAUUAUCCUUCCUCAAAACAGUUUUAUUGACUUCUAACGAAGGGUAAACACCAAAUUGUUAUAAGGCUAAAUGGAUAAUCUCUGCAAACUCAGAAAUGGAUAAUUUUUCUUCUUGAAAGAGAAUGAAGUGGGCACACACAUCACAAGGUUGAACUUGAACCCAAUCCAGCUUGUCCAAUGGAAGAACCCUUGGCAGGUCCACAUGUCAAACACCAAAUGGCUGAGGCCACACCCAACUUAUCCAAUGAACAAUAUGCAGAUAAGGUGCUGCUCCUCCCUCCCUAAUCACACCCACAUCACAAAAGCAUUACACACCUUAUUCAGCCAUUCAUCACCUCAUUUUGUACCAUUUUGGUGGCCAAAGGAGUAGUGCUAAGAAGACAAAAGGCAUGGCACAGGCUAUGGCUUCAAUGGCUGGUCUCCGUGGCACCUCUCAGGCAGUCCUGGAAGGCAGCCUCCAGUUCAGUGGCUCCACCCGCUUGAGCGCAGGCUGCAGUAGCUGGGCACCUGUGAACCGACCUAGGUUCAUGGUCCGAGCCCGGCAACUCCCAGCCGAGCCCGAAACCAGUCGUCGGGCAGCACUUGGCCUCAUCGCCACCAGUUUGGCAUCCGGCUCUUUUGUUCAGGCAGUGCUUGCCGAUGCCAAGGCGAUCAAGGUGGGCCCAGCACCCCCUCCCUCUGGUGGACUGCCCGGAACUCUGAACGCUGAUCAGCCAAGAGAUCUGGACCUGCCACUGAAGGAGCGGUUCUUCAUUCAACCACUGACUCCAACACAGGCAGCACAAAGAGCAAAGGAGUCAGCCAAGGACAUUUUGGGUGUGAAGCAAUUCAUAGAAAAGAAAGCUUGGCCUUUUGUCCAGAAUGAUCUCCGCCUCAAGGCCGAGUACCUCCGGUAUGACCUCAAUACAAUCAUUUCUGCAAAGCCCAAAGAUGAGAAGAAAUCACUCAAAGAACUCACAGGAAAGCUCUUCCAAACCAUCAGCAAUUUGGACCAUGCCGCAAAAAUCAAAAGCAGCCCAGAAGCAGAAAAGUACUAUGCAGAGACUGUGUCCACCCUGAAUGAUGUUCUUUCCAAGCUUGGUUAAGAGAAAUCCAUGCAUGCUAAUGUAAGCUUUAGUUUUCAAUCAGUGAGACACUUUGUGUGGAUGCUAUUUAAAAGAAUCUAGUUGCAAAGAAUAUUUACCAUUUUAUUUUUCA